AUGUAUGAUAGAGAUAAACAAGAGGACACCACCUUGAUCUUGACCUUUCCAACAGACAUUUACGUGGAGUCUGGAGAUUUAAUAGGAUGGUACACUGAAAGUAGUGGCGUCAUACCAUACGAGACGGGUAUCUAUGACAACAACAUCGUGGUAUCCAUUGGUGACGUAACUGUGGGAUACAACUACUCUCUUUCCACUCCCUUCGUCAAUGACAGAGUGUAUGCGAUCGCAUCUACUGUUCGUGAAGGAGACACACCUGACUUUACGAAUCUCCCCGCCUCGAUAGAUGUGUAUGACGACACCCCAAUAGGUAUGACGUUGUACACAGUUUCGUUCACUGAUGCGAACAUCGAGGAUAUACCGACCCUGUCUGUGACCGUGUAUAGUGUCAAUCCCUCAAGACCUAACGUUGCGUUCGACACAGCAACUGGUGAAUUAACCACCACAGGAUUGCUAAGCUACGGGACGUUCACCAUACGUUUACGUGUAAAUGACCGCUGUAACAACAAUAAUAGACGGGAACUCAUACUCAACGUCCUUAACUAUCCACCUGUUAUCGGUAACUUACCGGCAUCAUGUGACCUUUCUGAAGUAGUAACCUUGGAAACAUUCCUCUAUGAAGUGACUGUAUCAGAUGCUUCCGGUGAUCAAGUGACAUGCGCACUUAAUAACACGUCUCCUGCAGGUGCCCCGUUUCUUCUAAAAUAUGUAUCUGGAACAAGUUCCUAUGGGAUUUACAGUCAAUCGUCGCCCAAUCUCGACUUCGCCACAGUUCCUCUGUACACCCUUACGAUAUUCUGUACUGACGGCAUUACUACGGACGUCGAGACAUUCACCGUCCACGUGACCAAGAACAGUCCCGCUAUCUUCUCCAAUUUACCUGCCAAUGUAAGCGUUCCCCUGACGACACCUUUAGGCACGGUUGUGUACACUGUAAGAGCGACAGACCCAGAGGGAAGUAGUGUCAGCUAUAGUAUGAUUACCUGUCGAUCCUGUUGGUUCAGCAUCGCUAGUUCUGGAGAAGUAAUUGUAGCGACCUCUCUGCUGACCAAAACCUCCACUACUUACAACAUCGACAUCAGAGUAUAUGAUGGAUCUACACACUCGUUAUCCUACACUCUCACAUUUAUCUUCACCGGUAUAAAUACCCAACCCGUUCUCGACAAUCUUCCCCGGACAUUGAACAUCCCAGAAUCCUUGGCAAUCGGAGCGGAAGUUUUUACCCUAGUGAUGAUCGAUCCUGACGUCACAGAUACCCAUUCUUACGUAUUCUCUUAUAGUCCAGCGUCUGCAGCAACCGCCUUUACCUUUGACACUACCACACGUCGACUAACAGUAGCCACGACACUUAAUUACGAAUCUGGGGUCACCCAGUACACGAUUAGUUUUACGGUGGAUGACGGUCAUCUGUCUGACGGACCACAGGACCUCAUCAUCAACAUCCUUGAUGUAAAUGACGCCCCGGUCUUCCAAAAAUCCAUUUAUUCUGUGACGGAUUUAGAGCGAAACACCAAUCAUGUGUUACCAGAUCCUGGUUUUGUGGUGACUGACGAAGAUCCAGGUGACACAGUUUCGUAUACCAUCACUUCCGGUAACUCUCUCGGAAGAUUUAAGAUGGAUCCUCUAACCGGAAUACUUACGUUUACGGUAAAUUACGACGUCGACGAUAGCAACAUGCCGCAAUUCGUUGACUUGAUAGUGACAGCUACAGAUUCCGGCGAUAUGACAGCUACUGUAUUACUCCAGGUCACUUUAGUCGAUAACAAUGACAACUCGCCGGUCUGGGAGCAGGAUUCCUACGAGACAAUAAUUGCCGCGGAUAUGACCAUUGGAUCCUCCAUUCUUCAGGUCAGAGCUACUGACAUUGACGUAGAGUACAACAAUAACAAUAUCUUUUACACCAUAUAUUCGGGGUCAACGGAAUAUUUCGGAAUCAAAGACAAUGGUGAAAUAUACUUAUUAAAAAGUGUAUCAAUUUACGGAAACUACACAGAACUGUAUGUCGAUAUCCGGGCAACAAGCACCAACAGGCACGUGUAUGUUACACUCAAGGUCAUUGUGAAUCCAGCCACAAGUGACGACUUUUUUGAUGAUACCGGAAAUGUUGCUUGGUUUUCUGUAUGCAUUGUUGUAGGUGUGGUUGCUGUCAUUGUGUUUAGCGUUAUGUUGUAUCGCUACUUCCGGUAUGGAUAUGUGUUCGCCAAUAAGACAGAAACCAGCGUGGAACAUCUGAAUUUGGAGAACACAGAUUCUAGAAAUGACGUGUUAUCACAGGGGGAUAACAACACGACCACUGAAGAUCCUGUCAGAGGUAUUUCACCGUCAAAUACUCCCAAUCGACCCCCGACUACACUACGCGAUGGCACGCCGUCCACUGAACCGCCUCGUUACAAUAGUCCAGUGAUGCUUCAAGACGUUACUUCGGCCACAGAAAAGAAUAUACCAUAGCGAUUCACGCUUCAAUUAAGCUCGAUUUUCAAGGAAACUAUUCAUGAACCGUAUCUUUUCGGAAGAUUGUGUAUCCAUUUCACAGUUAGGAACCUCGGGAAACCCAAGAAAAAAAACAUUCACACAGAAUUAUUCAGAUUGGCAAAAUAAAUGAUGGUAUUUGAAAUUGUU